GUCUGAAAUGGACCGUUGCUGCGUCGCACCGCGGUAGUCGGUCCACUGACAGCUCACAAAAUUAAGCGAAGUCGUGGGACCUCGGGGACUUCUUGCCGCUGGCAGACCUUCUGUCAGGACCCCUUCUCCGUGCUGCUUGGGUGUUCUCAGUCAUAAAGUUCAUGACGGUGGCUGACGGUGACACUUUAGCGCUCAUCAUGCCCGUGCGAGCAGAGAGCCUCAGCAGCGCCGGCUCGGCCUGCUCAUCCUCGGCCUCUCUUGUUCCCCCUGCCCCGAUCAACACCUUCCAGCCCGGGGCGGCCUCCUCGCUGCUGUACAGCGGCUCACAGUUUCAGGGUUAUCAGAAGAGCAAAGGCAACUCCUACGACGUUGAGGUUGUUUUGCAGCAUGUGACUGUGGAGGACUCGUAUUUGUGUGGAUACCUGAAGAUCAAAGGCCUGACUGAGGAGUAUCCAACUCUCACGACAUUCUUUGCUGGUGAAAUAAUCAGUCGAAAAAGGCCUUUUUUAACCAGGAAGUGGGACGCAGACGAGGAUGUGGACAGAAAGCACUGGGGCAAGUUCCAGCCUUUUUCCAAAUAUGCCAAAAGCUUCAACUCCGAUGACUUUGACUAUCAAGUGCUGGACAACAGCGAUUACGUCUUCAUGAGGUGGAAGGAGCAGUUUCUAGUACCAGACCACACUAUCAAAGACAUCAGCGGUGCCUCCUUCGCUGGCUUCUAUUACAUCUGUUUCCAGAAGUCCACAGCGACUAUAGAGGGUUAUUAUUACCAUAGGAGCUCAGAAUGGUACCAGUCUUUAAACCUAAACCACGUCCGUGAGCACAGUAUGCCUAUUUAUGAGUUCCGGUGACGACUGCACACGCGAGCACCGAGUCAAAGAGGGAACAGUUCCCGCUGCUCUGCGGUUCAAUGGGAUGGAAACAACGGAGAGUCCUUCAGUGCCGAGAUCAGAGCUGACCCGUCUCCCUCGCUGCAGGGACAUAAACCGUGGUCAGCCUCUCCUGUGGUGGACCGACCGAACGAAGGCACCGAGAGGGAGCAGUUUAUAGGACGGUAAAGAUCAGUGGAGGAUACACGGUUCUUGCGGCAACUGUAGAGCUAUUUACCUCAGAUUUCAUCUUUUUAUAGUAUUUUGGUCUGUUUUUGUUUUGUGCCACCUGAUUUCUUUGCGCUCUCAAAGAAUCCGUCUUCCUGUUGUUGCACAUUGAAACAUGUUCCUUUCUUUUUUCCUUCAGUGGAGAAACAUAAUUGCCUUUCAGCUUAGAGUUGCAAAAGAAAAGAGCCUAGAGGGGGUGUGUUUGUGUGAAGAAUAUUUGUUUGCCAAGGCUUAAUUUACAUCAUCUAACAUCCCCUCUGACAGCCAUGAGCAGUAAUCUACUUUUUUUAUGCAAGGUCGUUAGGACCGUGGGUGGUGGUCUGGCGUUCAGGGAGGUGUUCUAAGGGGGAACGUAAUGAAACCAACAGUGUGUGACGGUCGGCUGUGAUGGGAAUACAGCAACAAUGACCCCCGACAGGUUGUUAAUAAUCAAUAACCAAUCAUUUCCAAGCUGCUGCUUUUUCAAAGACAAUGACAAGUCUGCAAAUGGCUUCAUAUUAAAAAUGUCUGUUAUGCAAACCCACAAAUAGGGAGGCUUUCUAAAAACGCAUAGCUUGUUUUAUUUCCAGGAGAUUUAUCUUCUUCUAUUUUUAUUAUAAACUUCUUUGAGUUAAUCUGCAUAAGAAAAAAAAGAGAUACCGUAGUAAUUACCAGCUUUUGAAGCUCAGACAUGUGACCAUACAUUCCAACUCAUUUAUAUUAAAACAUGUAAAGUUGGAUAUUAAUAGUUGGGGAAUAAUGCAGAGUUAGCCUGGUUGGGUGUGUUAAGAUAUGACAACACAACAAUGCAGUGAUUUGAUAAUCUUCAACACAGUCCAGGGAUAAAAUCUCAAUUUUAUUUCUUAGUUUUAGUCUGGUCACAUUUGUCCUUUUUAAUAUUAUUUCCAUCUUCAGUUUAUUUGUGGCUGGAUGAGGAACGCACAACAGUUGAAUGUAAACAAGCAACACACAACGCGCUUGUCUACGACGCGUUACUAUUUCAUCCUCGGCGGAAAAUGUGACAGAUAGAAAAAGCACUUUUUGUGGCUCACGGAGAAAAGUCUAGAGCUUGACGUUUAAGCGAAAAACCUGAUGCCUUAAAAUUUUAAAUUGUAAAUAUCAACGACAAAUUAGUAGGUAAGUAAUGUUUUUAUUUGAACAAAAUCGUGAGAGUAUAUUUCUGUGUUUGGGAGAACCUGCCUGAGGAGCAGUUGAUGUGGAGUUGUGCGAUGGUGCGUGCAUGUACUCGCUUAGAGGCUUCCAACAAGGGGGUGUGUUGGGAAAUGGGGAAUAAUCUUUUCUCUUUUGUUUGUAUGUGGAUUGCAAGUGUUGCAAUCCAAUCGUUGAAAAAAAACUUAAUUACUUUUCUUUUUUUUAUCAAUCAUGUAACAGAAUGAAAAUGUGCAAUGUCAGAGAAACAGAUGUUUAUUUGUGAGUUUUGACUGAAUACACUUUAUUAAGAAAAAAAAAGCUGUAUGAUAAAUCUGCCUCAUCGUGUGAGGAUAAAUAAAGAGUGGGUUAUGUCAUAUAGA